GGGAGUCGUGGACGAAGACAGACGAGGAAAGACGAAGAAAGAGUAAGAAGGAAGGAGCGAGAGAGAAAGGGGAAGGGGCCCGGUUCUUCCACCACUUCCACCACGGUUAAUGCCAUCUCUUUCCCUUUCCAGUCUCUCUCCUCGUUCCUCGACGGGCCCCGGGACUAAAAUUCAGGACAGAAAACCGUCCGGUUAGUUCGAGGCUGCUGGCAGAGAACGCGUUACCGGCGAUCGCGAGUCGAUCUCGGCAAGGUGUGGCGGUUCGUCCGAAAGAGAGAGGAGAAAGACAGGAGAGGAGAGCGCAGAGAAGAUCAAGACCCGUCGAAACGGGCAUUCGAAACGAGCGAGAGAUUCCUCCCCUCCCCGCUAAAGGACAGACAUAACCUCGACUCGAGUCGGUUAGUUUGCCUCUUUUUAACUAACUUUGAAACGUAGCUCGGCCUUUCUCGCUCGCUCACUCUCCCUUCGUCCGCGUUUCACUCGAGCUCUUCGCGGAGGAUCUCCGCCGUGGAGUCAGUAUCCCGUGAUGGUUAGGUACGCGCGAAUCCACUCGCGCCGCGUCGUUGACAAGUGAACUCUGCGAACAACAAGCGACGCCUUCCUACAUAUACGAUAUACAGAAUCAUAGGAAUUUUUCUAUAUAUUUUUGUAGCAUUACAAAUCUGUGUUUUCAUUUUCUAAACUUCGUGCUUCGAAUUACGUUUCCGUUCCGUUUCGUUUGCUUCUGCCUUCCGUUCCAACCGAGUUUCUUUGGCCAACGAGGAACGUACACAACAGUAAACAGAGAAACGCAACCGUGUGCAUAUAAAGAAACGCCUGGCGAGCGUGGAAAAGUGCUUUGGACUGGAGUCGCGCAGCUGUCAGAUCGACCGAGGCGAGCUUCUACUCUUCUUGUUCUUCUUAGUCUUCUUCUUCUGCUUCCUUCGCUUCGACGAGCUGGUGUGUGUCUGCCACAGGAUUUGUGUACACCUAUAGAAGCGCUACAGAGAUACGGUUGUGCAUGCUGUAUGCACUACGUGGGCCGUACGUACCGUACAACUUGUUCCUCUGCUCACCGAAACCGCCGCCGCUGCUGUCUGCUUACCGAAGACCCGUUGAUUCUUGGCCGCGGCUGCGUUGCUUAAUUUCUGCGAAAAUCGCCGCAAGCUCUCAGCAUCCCGGACCCGUUCCGCUGCCGUCGAACAGUGAGUGAUGGCCCUGCGUCUGAGGAGCAGCAAGGAUGUCAAGAAGAGCUCGUACUAUGUUUGGUACCUGGGCGCUCGAGAGGCCAAGGGGGUGGAUGCGAUGCCUGGUGCCAUAGCUUACCUGCUCGAGCGAGAACGGCUUCAGGAGCCUUUCAAGGUCACGCUGCAGGUGAGCAACAAAGGCCUGAAGAUUAUACAGACGGUCCAUCCGGGCGGUUCGACGAGGUCGGCCGUGAAGCAUUUAGUGCCAGGACACGCUGUACUCGCUGCGGUGCAACGAGAGGACGUCGUCGCCGCCACUCUUCUGCUUCCAAAUCCGGCCACCAAUAAUCCUGUCCACGUGCACGCCUACAGAUGCGACUCGGUUGAGACAGCCGAACUAUUGGGUGGCCAGUUGAAAGCAUUGGCAUCACACACCGACAAUUUGGCAAGGGUGAACUCGCUGGAAGGCAGAGCUCGUAGCAAUUUAGGUAGCGAUGGUAGAAGCACCAGAGAAUCAGAGUCAUCGGAGGGUAGUGGCGAACUUAGACACGAUACCGUGCAGACUACCACAAUAUACGAGUCUUUGGCUGCGGAAUUGCGUGCCAAGCUGGGCAGAGGCAACUCAGGGGACAAUGACGUGGGUCCGAUUCUGCUGCCUCCGCGGGAUUACGAUACAGUGCACCGACACCGGGGCAAUCUGGCUGGAAUAGAAUUCAGGCGCUGCCUGAAUCAAACGAUCGUAGGCGGUAGUACUACGGUUGACAGAGGCGGCACGAGGAGCGCGGCGAGCAGUGGAAUAGGCUCGGACAGCGCUGCUACACCUCCACCUUAUCAGAGUCAUCAUCCUUUGGGCCCCAGACCCUCCAGACCUUCUAGAGAUUCUUCCUCCGACGACGACUGGGGAGUGCCAGCAGAAGAGAAUGAUUAUUUGCCAGAGACGGAAACGACUGGCACGAGUCUAACGCUGCCAAGAUUACCAAGAAGUCCUGAAAGAUUGCCCAGUCAAGUGAACAGAGGUGUUUCACCAAGUUGUAAUAGAAGUCGUAGAGCACCAGAGUUUAGGCAACGAUCGCCUAGCCCUCAGUAUCAACCGAGGAUGAAUCCUGGUGAAGUGACUAGCCCUAGAGAAAGAUUCCAGGAUGCUAAGGAGAUGUUUCGAGCUAUGGAGAGAGAGGCUAUCUCUAGACCUGUCCUUUCAAGACAGAGAGAUGUUGACAGUCAUCCUGCUCAUAGGGUCGAGUCAGCGAGGCAGAGCCACGAGGACCAAUCUACUCGUCAGCAUUCGGCGAGCAACAGUUCAACGACUGGCCACGAACACCUGAUCAGACGGAAUCAUUCGGAGGUAUCGGAACGAGAGAACGAUAUUUCUUACAGGGCCCGACCACGGCCGCGAACCCAUCAUUACGCGAUGGAACGCCCACCGGAGCAAGAGGUCUCGAGGCCUCGGCCGAGAAGCUUCUACGAAAACCCAACCGUUGGAAGAGACUUCCGAGAUCAAAGGAACGUCGCUGAUCCGAGAGAAGCUCGAGAUUUCCGUGACCGUGCACACGUGCGAGAGAUACGCGAGAAAGUGCGUGCCAGGGCAACCACGUACCAGGAACUCUCCGAACACGAGAGAUACCCAGGUCUGGAUCGCGACAGCGCCAGGCCACCCUUGGAAAUUGUGCCCACACCGGGUCGAUAUCGACACAGCUACGCAGAGCCGCCUAGACUCGGUCUAGCAGCCCUUCAUCCGUAUUGAGUCGAUUUGCUCGUUGUUAACUAAUAAAUUAUUUAAUUAAUCGACCGUAUCGUUAUCGUACCAUUCGCGGCUGUCCAGCGUCCUCGACGAUUCAUCGUGAAGACGUUAAGUGUAGUAAUUACGGGAAGCAAAUGUAAACCUCAUGACGAUGAUUUCAUAUUAGGAUAUUUUGUUGAGAAUUUCUUUUAGAAAACGUGAUUCGUUAUAGAAAGAUCUAGAUGUAUCUCCGAAGCUUCUGUUCUUAAAUAGCAACAUUCUUUAGAUUCUUCUGUUUAAUUAAUCCUUUCAGGAACAAUUUUGUCGACCCUAUAGUAUAGAAACUUGUUAAAAAUAAUUACAGAUAGUAAUUUAGAUAAAUAUUUAUCUUUGGAAAUUUCAUUUCACUAAAUUGUAUUGAUGAGUAGUAAUAAUAAUUUUACUCCAAUAGAAACACAUCUUUUGGAAUGAUUUUUUAAAGAAAGUAGAUCGCACCAAAAUUUCAGAUUAAUUUUACAAACAAGCACGUUUAACGUGUGUAUUAAUUAGUAAGUUAUUAAAGUACGAUGUUGCUCGACAUUUUCUGUUGACAUUGCAUAGCGUGAAAGAGUUAAUUGAAAUUUGAUAAAUCUUCUCAUAAAUCUUAUAAACCUUCCUAAAUUUACAAUUAUUGCUGUUAGAAUGUUCACUGCCAUAUUGUAUCUCUCUCAAUUGACAUCAGAAUCGAAAGAGGAAAAGGAAUAAAAUUUAUUCUUCUGAAAUUAUAUUAUAAUGGCGAAGCUACACGUCUUGUGUGCUUUUCAUUUCGAUGGUUUCGUUUGCCUCACUUUUAUACGAUAGAUUCAAGGAGGUCGUGGAUUUUUCUAUGGAAAAACGUCGAUGGCCCUGAGCGAUCGGGACGAACGGCGAUCGAGCAUUUAUUAUUCUCUCUUGAGCUCGUGCCGUUCGUCGCGACAUGAUCCUCGAAGUCGUGGGUCGUUUGUUGACCUUUGACUUCCGUGCACUAUAUUGUUAUUCGCGCCGGAUGCCAGACUAACGAUAAUGAUAGGAACAAGUAACAAGCAGUAAUAUUGACAAUAACAGUAACAAUAAUAACGGUUAAU